AUGGCUGCUCCUGUACGUGGCGGUCAGGCCAUCCGACAAUCACAUGCAAAGUUACCACGACUCUCGAGACACUCUAGACGACACUUCUCCGCCUCUCCAGCUUCUCGAGACUAUGAAGACACAGUCCAGAACCUCCGCAUCGGCAAGCACACUCGAGUGAUCUACCAAGGUUUCACCGGCCGAGUCGCCACUGGAAAUGCCAAAGACAGUAUCGCAUAUGGCACCAACAUUGUGGGAGGAGUCACUCCGGGCAAAGAGGGCGAGCAUCUGGGGCUGCCUCUGCUUCCUGAUCUGAAGAAGGCCAAAGAGCAGUUGAAACCUGAUGCCACUGCUGUGUUUGUCGCGGCGCCCCAAUGUGGCAGGGCGAUUGAGGAUGCGAUUGAGGCGGAGAUUCCUUUGAUUGUGGCUGUGGCCGAGCACAUACCUUUGCAUGAUAUUAUGAGGGUAACGAGCAUCCUCAAAACGCAAUCGAAGUCCAGACUAGUAGGUGCCAAUGCUCCAGGCAUAAUAGCACCCAUUGGCUCUUGCAGGAUAGGCUUCCAACCUCUACCGACCUUUUCUCCCGGGCAUGUUGGAAUUGUAGCGAAGUCUGGCACGCUGUCAUAUGAGGCGGUUGCUUCGGUCACACGGGCAGGUCUUGGGCAGAGCUUAUGUAUUGGCAUGGGCGGAGACAUCAUUGCAGGCACAAACAUCGUCGAUGGCUUGGAAGUCUUCGAGCAAGACCCGGAGACGCAAGCCAUGAUCAUCAUCGGCGAAGUUGGCGGAAGGUCAGAGGAAGACGCAGCAGAAUGGAUCAAGGACUACCAGAAACGUUCGCCCAACCCUAAGCCCAUUGCAGCACUUGUAGGCGGAAUACAUGCUCCGGCAGGGCGCAUCAUGGGUCACGCUGGAGCGUGGGCAGCAAGAGGCGAGCACAGCGCGGCGGAGAAGUACAAGAUCCUGGAAGACGCUGGUGCUACAAUGGUAGACCAUCCAGAGAAGUUCGGGGGAGUCAUGAAGACGCUCCUCUCGCAGUCUGGACGAGACGUCAGCAAGAUCACAGGCAACCCAGCAGACCAGAAACGUGGCUACCACACCACAAUGCGGCGAGGUCCUGUCGUUCGACCCGACCGACCCUCACCACCAUCUCAGCGACCGCACCAAUCUCGCAACCUCCACCUCCGUCCAGAACAAGCUCCCGAUGUCCUCAAGCCCUACCUCGACGACCUCAAGAACAUCACCCUAUCCAACGAACCCGCCCCCUCCGACGCCUUCUACAUCGGCCUCACCGUCGACCGCAGCGAACGCCAACCCUGCAUCCGCACCUCCCCUUCAACAGACACCUCCCGCUUCCGAGAAACCGCCCUCCGCUUUCCCUUCGACCAACGCUCUCCACCUCCCGACUCUCUCAUCGCCGACUCAAUAGCUCACAUCAGCCCGCCCGAAUCAACCAAGCAAUCCCUCACCUCGCUCAUCCGCGCCUUAUCAACCGUGUACCUCGAAAAAGAAGCCGUCACCCUCUCCACCUCCAUCUCCACCAACCCCUCAACCGGCACCAUCGCCCUCCACCUACCUUCUCUAAUCCUCCAGUUCGACGACUCCGCCUACCGCUCCUGCUCCCGGCACCCAGACAUCCAUACGCUCCGCGACCGCACCCUCGAACAACCCGAAGAAGUCGAAGCAGAAGACUCCGGCAUCGUGUUCAUCCGCCUCCCCAACCCGGCAGCCAACAUCGGCACGCUCGUGAACGGCGCGGGCCUAGCGAUGAACACCCUCGACGCUCUACGCCUGCAAAACGGGCACGCGACGAACUUCCUCGACACGGGCGGCAAAGCUACAUCCGAAACGGUGAAGAAGUCCUUCGAGCUCAUUUUACGGGACGAGAGGGUGAAGGUGAUUUUUGUAAAUAUCUUCGGCGGGCUGACGGAUGGGGGGAUGAUUGCGGAAGGGGUACUGUUGGCGUUUAAGGAGGUUGAUAUGCGUGGGGUGCCGGUGGUGGUGAGGAUAAGGGGUACGAAUGAGGAGGUGGGGCAGCGGGUGAUUGCGGAGAGUGGGCUGGAGUUGGAGGCGUUUGAUGGGUUUGAGGAGGCGGCGAGGCGGGUGGUGGAGAUUGCGGAGGGGAGUAAAGAAAGGGGUGGGGAGAUGGGGGGGAUUCUGUGA